GUGCGCCUCUCCGGGAGUCAGGGGGAAACGCUCAAGCGAGGCGAGAAGCAACAACAAGCAGCGCACAGCAGAGCAGCGCAGAGAGAGAGACUUGGACAUUACACACACACACAGCCUGUUACUCCACAGCGGAUCCGGCCGGACUCCAUACCCUUUAAUCCAACAGCAGCAGCAGAGAGGAGUGGAAAAAGUUUGGAGACAUGCAGUCAGUGUACCAGCACCUGAUCAGCCUGCUGUUUAUCUUCAGCAGCCUGCAGGUUAACCAGCUGACGGAGGGCUGCUCGUGCGCUCUGACGCACCCGCAGGACGCCUUCUGCAACUCCGACAUAGUGAUCCGAGCUAAAGUGGUGGGCAAGAAGCUCCUGAGAGAUGGACCUUUUGGAACAAUGCGCUACACCGUCAAGCAAAUGAAGAUGUACAAAGGAUUCGACAAGGUCCAGCAUGUGCAGCACAUUUACACAGAUGCCUCAGAGAGUUUGUGCGGGGUGAAGUUUGACAUCAACAAGUACCAGUACCUGAUCACAGGUCGAGUGUACGAUGGCAAGGUCUACACAGGGCUGUGCAACUUCAACGAGCGGUGGGAGCGCCUCUCGUUGGCCCAGAAGAAAGGCAUCAACCAUCGCUACCAGCUGGGCUGCAACUGCAGGAUUAAACCCUGCCACUACCUACCCUGCUUCGUGACCUCAAAGAAUGAGUGCCUAUGGACGGACAUGCUGUCCCACUUCGGCUAUCCCGGCUACCAGUCCCGGCACUACGCCUGCAUCCAGCAGAAGGAGGGCUACUGCAGCUGGUACCGGGGCAUGACCUCACGCGACAAAACCACCAUCAACGCCACCGACCCCUGAACCCCAACGCACCCUGCCUGAAAUCCACUGCCGCCUCCCUGACUCCGUCCCAUCCUUAUCACUUCUAGAGUAUUACAGGACUCUUAAAGCUCACUGGCCUGGGUGACAGCCUCAUUAAAGGGGCAAAAAAGAGAAAAGAACAAAUCCAUUACAGUGCCUGUUUCGUAGCACUUCUGAUAGAAAACAAUACCUUUUUUUGUUGUCGUUCAGAUCGCCCUGUUGAACAUUUUCCCAAACCACGAAUCAAACAGUCCUUGCACCAAACCGUCUCUUCAGGGUUCAGUGGUGUUAAAAAGGUGACAGACAUUCAUAAGGCCAAUAAGUAGUGUAAGACCUUGAUCAACCUCUAUUGAUCUUCAGAACUGAAGAACUAAUCUCCAAGACCCACAGUGACCUGUACACAGUUGAAAGUAUCAAUAAGUAUCAUUGCUCAAGUAGCGACUUUUGUUAAUUAGCUGAUUGCUAACCUAGUAUUAUGUUCUCUUUGUGCAUAGAGGCAGUUUAUCGUCACAAAAAAAAAACAAGGACUCUCAAAACAAAAGGUCAAGUAUCAGACAAAUUUCUAUCAAUGAAAAAAGUAUUGCCAAUGAUCACUAUGUAAAUUUAAGAUGUAAAGCUGUUACAUUGUUGCUACCGAACUGCACUUGCUAGCAUUAGACUCACGCAGUUCUAGACAUCAACAAUACAGAUCGAGUGCCAAUGUGAGGUAUGAUCUCUUAAAGUUAUACCUCUUAUUUCGGCCUCAGUAUUUUUUCUUUUGAAAAUGGUAUUGUUUUACAGUGAAGUAUACAUCGAUUAUGUUCACAGUUUUUACUGUAACAUGUGUCUUUAUGGAUGGUAGUAUCUCUGCUUACCUGAAUGUUUGCAAUGUAACUCAUUUUGCAGUUAUAUCACAAACAACGCCCUUUCUGUUGCGCACUGUUGAAUAUCAGAGAAAUGCUAAAAAUAUCUGUCGCAGUGCCAACGUUGUGGAGGGCCGACUUCUUGCAGAGAUGGUGAUAUUUUAUUUUUUGCUGUAUAUAACAUAAGCUACAGAAAUGAACUCAGCUGAAACCUCUGUAAUACAUUUAUUUAUAUGUUUAUUGGAUAACACAGUAACUAUGUGGUAUUAUCUGCAAAGAAAAAUAAGAAAAAAAUAUAUAACAGGUCAAAACUACAUUGUGACAACCAUCGCAGCCUGUGCAACCGUCCAGAAUGAAGGACCAGCAUCUCCUAUGGUAUGUACUUAUGGUACUAUUGUUUGUUAGCUCGAUCAUAGUUACCCUGACUGGUACUCUUCACCAAUCCAGUGAAAGUCAAGUAUAAGCAGAGGUUUCAGACAAUGAGAUAUUUUGUAAGUGUAUAUUCAAUCUUUUUGUAUUUAACUAUUUCAAAUGGACAUUAUAUAUAUAUAUAUAUAUAAAAAAAUGAAAGUAACAAUAUUGUCACUAAAUUCAUUCUUCUUCACCUGUUCCCCAUCUAGGGUUUUUCUUAUUUUUUUUCCCAGUGCUGUACCUUCAGUCCAUUCCAUUAACAGACACAGAUUUGCUUCAGAGGAAGUAACAGCCCCCUCAUCAUUGACAGUUAAAGAAUAUUGUAUCGCUAAUGCACUGAGGUUUUAACCAAGUUGGUGGUUUUAAAAAAGAGUAGUUUGACAUUUUGGGAAAUUUGCUUUUUUGCUUCGAGAUGGAUGAGAAGAUAUACCACUCUUAUAUGCUACAUAUGAAGCUACAGCCGGCAGCCGGUUAGUUCAGUUUUCUUAACGCUAAGCUAAGCUAAGCACCUUGUGGCUCUAGUUUCACUUUUAACAGAUAGACAUGAGAAGGAUGCCGAAAUUCUUAUCUAUCAGCAAGAAAGUAAAUACGAAACUGUUAGCCUACGUUAGCGUUAGCCUAGAAGCAGGGGGAAACAGCUAGCUUGGCUCUGUCCGGCUUUUAAAAAAAAGACACCUACCAGCUCCUGAAUUAACAAAUUAAACAAAUGACAUACAGCUUGUUAAUUAUUGAUUUGGAGGUGCUCAAUACAAAUUUUUGAAAACUUUGGAAAUACUUAAUGUUCCCCUCAUGUUUCCAAUCUUUAUGCUAGCUAAGCUAAUUGCCUGCUGGCUCUAGUUCAAGUUUAGUGUACAGACAUGAGAGUGGUGUCAGUCUUUUUAGCUAGCUCCUGCCAAAAAAACAAUAAACAUUUUUUCCAAAAUGUCAAACUAUUGUUUUAAAGUUAUGAACAAUCUAGCUGAGAAGAUUGAUACCACUUUUUUAUGCUAAAUAUUAAGCAACAGCCAGCAGCUAGUUAGCUUAGUUUAAAGUCUUAACGCUAAGCUAGGCUAACCGUCUCUUCUUGGCUGUAGCUUCAUGCUGAACAGACAGACGUGGAAGCGUGCAGAAAUUCUGGUCUAUCAGCAACAAAUAAGCAAUUUUCUUUUUAUUCAUUCAGCUCCAUUCCAAAAUGACAAAAAUGUGUUUUCCCUCAGUUUUAUUCAUGUGAAAACAGCAUUUAGACCACUUCCUGACAAUAAAGUCAGAUCAUAUCAGGGGAGGAGGGCAGCUAUGAAUUAUAUCCGACACUCAACAGUAGGCCAAUUUUGGUCUGAUAAGUUUAACAAAAUUACAAUAAAAUGAUUUUAAGUGAUGUUAAUCUACCCUGUUUAAUUUUGCACAAGUACUUUCAACAAAACAUCCCUCUAUCCAUUUUCAUUUUUAAUUUUUUCUUGCUCAAAAUUUCCGUCUGUAUAGUCUUUGGCUUGAGUUUGCAACACACAGAAAGUCCUGAUGAUUUUGUUUUAAAGAGGUUAGAAGAAAAGUUAAUAAUAACUGACCUUCGAGGGAUUUUUUUUUGUACAAAACGUCCUUUCUGUCUUUCUACAUGUUGACGAGGCUUUUUCUCCAGCUGUGGCGUUUCUGUGUCACUAUUUCUGUGGUUCAUGUUUGUGUAAAUAUACUGUCUGCUUAACACAGAAACACUUGGUCAAGUUUGAUCCUUAAAGAAAAAAAUCCAAUCAAGGAAGCUGUGUACAGUCUGUGUGUAAACACUGAUUCCUGAAGUGUGUGUGUGUGGGGUUUCCUUGUAGGGGUUAUAGAAAUGUUUGACUUAAUUUCUGUGUUUUAUAUUUUUAUAAUAAAGAUUUAAUGAAAAACGGGC